AUGGAUCAUCAACAAGCCCAGGCCCCAGAGCCAGCCGUCAUCUUUGGCAAUCAAACGGCCGCGACACCAACCAUGCCAACCGAUAACAACGGGUCGGUGCCGGCGCCAGGGAACGCCAUCAGCGCCGAUGAGAUUGCCCUCUAUGAUCGCCAAAUCCGCCUCUGGGGGAUGAAGGCCCAGGAGAAGAUCCGCAACGCCAACAUCCUCCUCAUCACCAUGAAAGCGCUGGCCAACGAGAUCGCAAAGAACCUCGUCCUCGCCGGCAUCGGUUCGCUGACCAUCCUCGACCCGGACCCCGUCACCCCCUCCGAUCUAGGCGCGCAAUUCCUCCUCUCGGAGGAGACCACCCCUCUCGGCACCAACCGCGCAGCCGCCGCCGCCGCCGCCCUCCAGCGCCUCAACCCCCGCGUGCGCAUCCACAUCGACACGGUCGACGUGCGGUUCAAGCCCCCUUCCUUCUUCGCUCCCUUCGACAUCAUCAUCGCCACAGACCUCGACUCCCCCACCCUCAACAUCAUCAACACCGCCACCCGCCUCCACUCCCGACCUUUCUACGCCGCCAACUCGCACGGCCUCUACGGCUUCCUCUUCGCCGACCUCAUCGAGCACACCUUCGUCAUCUCGCGCGCCAAAUCCAACCUCCCCACGCCCCUCGGCCCGGAAUCCCGAACCCGCUCCGUCCUCGCCGUGGCCCCCAAACCCGGCGCCGAAGCCACCACCGAGCUCGUCACCAAGCGCGAGCUCUACUCGACCUGGUACCUCGCCUCGGGCGCCUCCCAGCUCCCCGCCGACAUCCUGCGCUCGCCGCGCCGCCGCCGCGCCGUCACCCCGCUGCUGUCCUGCUUCCGCGCCGCCUGGGAGUUCGCCGCCAACCACGCCGGCGCCGCGCCCCAGACCGCCGACCGCUCCCACCUCGCCGAGUUUACUCGCCUCUGCAGCGACCAGCAUAAGGCGCUGGGCUUGCCGUCCGAGACGCUGCGGAGUGAUGUGCUGCGUGCGUUUUUGCAGAAUGUCGCGCCGUCGUCUGCGUCUGCGUCUGUAGGGAAUGGGAAUGGGGGUGUGAAUGGCGGGGGGGAUGGUAGUGGGAAUGGUGGUGGUGGUGGUCGUGGUGGUGCGAGCGAGGUCGCGCCCGUGGCGGCCGUGCUGGGCGGGCAGCUGGCGCAGGAUGUCAUCAAUGUGCUGGGGUGCACGCAGCAGCCGAUUCAGAACUUUGUCGUGUUUGAUGGCGAGGUCAUGGAGGCCGGCGUGUAUGCCUUGCAUCCCGAGGGCGAGCUGGGGAGGGGGUUGCUGGUGAGUGCGGGGCCGGUGGUGGGGUUGGAGGAGGGUGUUGGUGGUGUUGAUGCUCAUGGGUCUGUUCUUGGGGCUGGGGAGGGGGGUGCGUUGAUGGUGGGUUGA